AUGAGAUAUAGAGGAUUUAUAGCUUUAGCGACUGCAAGUUCUGGUGUUGCAGCUUCACUUCUUCCUGGUGGUAGGACAACUCAUUCUCGCUUUAAAUUUCCUAUCCUUAUUGAUGGAAAUUUCAGUUGCAACAUCAGUAAACAAAGCUCACUAGUGUCUUUGAUUCGAGAUGCAAAACUUAUUGUAUGGGACGAAAUUUCAAUGGCAAAAAAAGAAAUAGUCGAAGCUUUUGAUCGGCUUCUAAAAGAUUUAAUGGAAACAAAUAUAUUUUUUGGCGGAAAGCUAGUGGAAAAUAUGCGUGCAAAAACAGAUCCUGAGUUUUGUGAAUAUUUAAUGAGAAUCGGUAACGGAAAAGAACGAACAACUGAUCAAGAUAAGCUGGACAUGGCUGAAAGACUCAGUAUCAAUGCAAUCACUUCAACAACUGAAGAGUGGACCAACAAGAUCCAAGUAGUAGACAAAGGACAGCCACGAGAGAACCAACAAAAGACCAAAAAAUUCCAGCUCAUGCUACUGCAAGAUGAACAGACUUAUUUGGUGUCUGCGGCAAAUGUGAAGGAAUCAAGCCAUGCAUAUGGAACUCCCAUUCAUGACUUUACUUGGACAAUUGACAGUAGCACAAUCAUUGAACCAAUAGAAAAAGUUAUUCCUCCUGAAGAUCCACUACCGCCACCAACGCGGCUAACACUUGCACCAUUUGAUAAUCUCGAAAAUUGUUCAUUGAUUACUACAGCACAAUAA